AUGAGUCAAAAGAGAAUGACAAUCGCUCCAAUAUUCAAGGCUCAACUCCCUAAGAUCAAUUUCUCUUAGGCCAAGAAAGAGCAACUUUUAGUUGAUGAACUAUUACUAACUCAAUAGCAUUUUCAUGAUUCCCGUGAGCUUGUUAAUAAUAUUAUAAAUGAAAAAAACAAGGAAGCUGUAAAUUAAUCUUUUUAGGAUCAAUAAAUCAGUUAUUAGGCAAUAAAAUAAAAGUUAGAGCCAACCAGAGAGAUUUUUCAAUAGAAAAUUAUCACGAAACCAGUUACACGAUAAGCAAGAUCAAAUUCUAGGAAUAGAGGUUAGCAUUCCAUGAUAAUCACUAUAAGGGAUGAUUCAAAUUUUUAAUGGAUGAAUGAUUUAUGCAAGAAAAACUUGAAAACUAAUUUACCUAAGCCGGCUAGAAAUCCUGUAAAAAUAUAAGAGAAUUUUAGUCGUUUGUCAAAUAGGAAAAAUAUGUCAUUUCAUGAAAAAGCAAAUGAUGAAGAAAUGAAUUUUGAAUUGCAAGGUCUUAAUACUAAUAAAACUUUAAAAAAUUACUUAACUUGGGAUGAUCCCCAAACUCCAUCAGACAUCAUACAAUAAUUCAAGAAUGAUAGAUCUUAUCAUGCGAAAUGCCCAUUCUAUGAGGGAAAUGGAUAUGUUUGGACAGAAGUCUAAAUUUAAGAUUUUGAUUAGAAGCAGCAGAAAUUCGUGGUUAAAAUCUUGAAGAAUGAUCAAAUCAAGUAUGUGAGUCGAUUAUCCUUGAUGUUGAAAACUGAAAAUGAGGCAGAAUUCAAUAUGAGACUUCAAUAAUGCAGAGUACUAUAGAAAUAGGCAGAAGAGGAACUGCGAUUCUUUAAAUAUGUCAAUAGCAUACCUGAUUAGCUCAUUACUACUUUGCCUGUCUAAACUAAGAUAAACAUUAAGAAGAAGUUAAAAUUGAAUAAACAAUAGAAUGUAGAGUUUGAUCAAAUUGAAUAUGAAUAUAAAUUAUUUAUGAAGAAAUUCCUUACUCUAUAGAGAAUGAACUAGAGUGAUUUCAUUACGGAUUUCAUAACAAAUAGAAUUAAAAUGAGAAAUAUGAAUGGCAUUUUAUAAAGGUUUCCAAAGUUGAAAAGUUUAAAAAAGGAUUUCCAGUAAGUUAAAUAAUAGAUUUCAUAAUCUCCAAUUUUAAAUAAUAAAUAGAUACUAUAAACUUUUGUAAAAAUUCAAACUAUAAAAGAAUCAUCAUUUGAAUUGCUGCCAACAACCUAUCCUUAUGGACAACUUCCAUUCGUUUUAUCAAAUUUGGAGGCAUAUAAUCAAUAGAUGUAUAAUGUACUCAAAUUAACUAUGUUUAAUAAUUGGAGAACUCAAGUUAUCUAAGAUGUUUAAGAUAGUCUAAGAACAUAAUUUAAUUUUUAUUAAACUGAUGAUGUAGGUUAUCAAAGGUCAUAACUUUGUUUACUCCUAAAAAGAAUAGACUAAUAGUUCAGUUAUCUAAACAUGAAAAAUUUAGUAGAAAUGAAUGUAAUUAAGUGGAUAAAUCACAUAAAAUCCUUUACUGAUGAUUCUGAGCAUCUAAGUAAAGAACCAUUCCUAUAAAUCAAUAUUGUUAUAUAGUAAAUAGUUCGUAAGAAAACAGUAUUGCAUAAGCAAUCAACAUUUGGAGAAGAUAGAUACAUGAUCUUUGAACCAACCAGAUAGUAAAUAAUAUAGACAUUGGUCAAUCCUAUUUAGUUAAUAAAAGAGACUGUCUCAUAGGUUAAGAAGGUUGAAAAUGAUAUUAUGCCUUUAAUAGAUAUUGGGUAAGCAUAGUCUGUUGAGAUGGAGUAAAUUUCUCAUCACUUUGAUAAAGCAAUAGAAUAGAUUGUAACAUUCAUCGAUAAUGCCUUGAAAUAAAAAAACUUAAUCCUGGAUCAGUUCAACGAAUUCUCAUAUCUCUAUACUAAGAGUCAAAGCCAUUUGAUGAAAAGAUUAUUUGGGGAUUCAAAGGAGAAGCCUGCGAUUACAUACAUAGAGUUGGAUAAAAUAAAAGAGAAGUUGAUUUAUUACUUACAAACUAUAUUUACUAUAGAAAGGUUGUGUAUAGAUGAAAAGAAUUUUUCAUUUUUUUAAGUGAAAACAAAAUUAGCCAAACUAACUUUGAUUCAAAAGUCUCAAGAAAUUAUAAAUGCAAUUUUGAAUAGAUUAAGUGAAGUCUUAACAGACAAUAUUUAGAGAAUUGGUAAAUUAUAUUAGGAUAUGUGUGAAAGAAUAUUGGAAGAACCAAAAGAAGAGCAUGAGAUGGUUUAAUUAAAGAAUUUCAUUGCUGAAACUGAAGUGAAUCUAGCUAAAUUGGCAAAUGAGGUUAAUAUGUUAUUCUAAACAUUGGACUUGUUGCAUUAAUACUAAUAUUAAUUUGAUAAUAAAGAAAUUGAAAAUCUGUGGUUUUUGAAACAAUGGCCAGCAGAGAUAAGAAUAGCCUUAGUUGAAGGAUAAAGGAAUGUCCAUUUGAAAGAGACAAAAUUCACGGAGAAAUUGGAUUAAGAGAAGGAGUUGUUCAUUAGAGAAUUGUUAGUGUUGGAGAAUUAAGUUGAAGAGAUAAAAUUUUAUGAAGAUUAUUCUUAGGUGAAAACUUAUGCAUAAAUUGUUAUGGGAUUAAAAGAGAAAAUAAACAAUUAUUAAGAUAAGGUAAGAUCAUUCAAUGAUCGAGAGAGUUUAUUCAAACAACCUCUUAGCGAUUAUGAUGACUUGAUCAAGAUCAAAUAGGAUUUUGAGCCCUUCUAUAAGAUUUGGGAUUUAGCCAUAGAAUUUGAUAUAGAUAAGUAAGAAUGGUAUUAGGGUUAAUUCAUGAAACUUCAGUACUCUCAAGUGGAAAGGAAAAUGAUAUAAUAUUAUUAGAAAGAGACUCUUGUGUUAUUAAAGUUCUUUUAGGAUUAAUCAAAUGAUAAAGCUUUGAGGUUAUUGACUGAUUUGAAGAAGGAUUUGGACAAAUUUAAGGAAGUCAUGUGGCUUAUUGAAUUUUUGAAUUGUGAAGCCAUACAAAAGAAGCCAAAGAUUUGGGAUGAAAUCUAUUCUGUUUGUGGAUAUGUUGGAGAUGAUAUUACACUCAUUCAAUUAUUGGAGCAUAACUAUUUGCAAUUUAAGAUUUAAAUAGAAGACAUAUCUAAGAAAGCCACUUAUACAUAUGAUAUUGAGAAAAGAUUGAAUGCAGUUGUUGAUAAGUGUAAGGAAAUCAAAAUUGAAUUCGUUAGAAACACCAAUAUUAUGAAAAUUGAUGAAGCCUAAAUAUUGUUGGAUGAAUAAUUGAAUACUAUUCUCUUAUUGAAAUAAAGUCCGUAUGUUGUAAUGGAAAAAGCAAUAGGAGUUGAGAAGAAGAUCAUUCUAAUCUAAGACACCUUGGAGAAUUGGAGAACCACUUAGAGAGGAUACAUCUACCUUUAGCCUAUAUUCUAAUCAGAAGACAUAAGGAAAAAAUUGCCGUAAGAAAAAAACAAAUUUGAUUUUAUAGAUAGAUUUUGGAGGUAGAUUACUGAAAACUUUUUGAAGGAUCCCUUGGUAUGGGAAAAUAUUGAAAAUGAAAGAUAUAAAUAAGAAAGCAAACAUUGCAACGACUUAUUAGAUUAUAUUUUGAAAGGACUUAGUAAUUACUUAGAGUAGAAAAGAAAGGUGUUCCCUCGAUUCUUUUUUUUGUCUGAUGAUGGACUCCUUGAAAUCUUAGCUUAGACUAAAGAACCUUUACUUAUUAAUAGACAUAUUCAAAAGUGUUAUGAAGGAAUUUAUGAAUUGCAAUUCGAUGAGAAUAAUGAAAACAUUUUGAAUAUCAUCUCUCCAGAAAAAGACAUCAUUUCUUUAUACAAAUUUUGCAAUGUGAUUGAAAAUGAUAAGCAAGGCAAUGUUGAAAAAUGGCUGCAGGAGGCUGAUCAAAUUAUUGUAGAGACUAUGAAGAGAACAAUGAAAGAGUGUGCAUAAGAUACUGAUAAAUAGUGGUAUUUGAAAUGGCCAUCAUAAUGUGUACAAACAAUGACAUAAGUUAAAUGGACUUCAUCAAUUGAAUAAGCUUUAAUUUCCUAAAUAUCUUUAGAAAAUGUAUUGCAUCAAAUUAAGCAACAAAUUAAAAAUCUAGUUUAAAUAUUACAACAGAAAAAUCUUAAUAUUUAUUAGAGAAUAUAAAUUAGUUAAAUAAUCUUACUUUUAGUCCAUAAUAGAACAUAAACUGAAAAUUUAUGCAAAAUUGAAUCCUUAAAAGAGACUGAUUUUAAUUGGUUAAUCAAUUUGAGGUACUAUGAUGAAAAGAUUCUCAGAGUUUCAUUGUUGUCAUGCAACAUUCAAUAUGGAUUUGAAUAUUAUGGUUUAACAUAGAGACUAGUAAUUACACCUUUGACUGAUAGAUGUUAUAGGACUCUCAUUAUGGCAUUUUAAAACAAUUAUGGAGGUGCCCCUGAAGGUCCUGCAGGAACUGGUAAAACAGAGACAGUCAAAGAUUUAGCAAAAUGCUUAGGAAUUCAAUGUAUAGUCUUUAAUUGCUCAGAAGGCUUAAAUGUUAUAUCCAUGAGCAAAUUCUUUAAAGGCUUGAUAUGUUGUGGAGCUUGGUGUUGUUUUGAUGAAUUCAAUAGAAUUGAUUUAGAAGUGUUAUCAGUUGUUGCUCAAUAAAUCAUUCUAAUAUAAUAAGGUAUAAAAGAAUAGAAAAAAAUGAUAUAUUUUGAGACUGAUGAAUACUUUUUAAAUAAAUCAUGCUAAAUCAAUAUCACCAUGAAUCCAGGAUAUGUAGGCAGAUAUGAGUUGCCAGACAAUCUCAAAAUACUCUUUAGACCAUGUGCAAUGAUCUAACCAGAUUAUUAAUUGAUCACUGAAAUCUUUUUAUAUUCGAUAGGAUUUUAAUAAGCUAAUUAUUUUUCAAAUAAGAUAAUUAUAGCAUUACAAUUAUCAUAAGAAUAAUUAUCAACUUAAGAUCAUUACGAUUUCGGGAUGAGGGCUUUGAAGUCUGUCUUAUUGACUAUUUCGCAAAUUGAUAAUGAAGAUGAAGAAGUUAAAUGCAUUUAAGCAUUAAUCAACGUAAACUUAGGAAAAUUAAUAAAUAAGGAUGUUUAGCUAUUCAACUCAAUUAUUUAAGAUUUAUUCCCUAAUAGCAAUAUUGAAUAGUAAUAUGAAACCUAAGGAUUUUCCGACGUUUGCUAAAGUUUAAAACUUGAAGCAAACCCAGUUUUUAUUAAGAAGUGUAUUUAGAUGGAAUAAUUGAUGGAUGUUAGGCAUGGAAUUAUGAUUAUUGGAGAAACAAUGAGUGGAAAAUCAAAGUUGAUAAAUGCAUUAGCAUAUAAACAAAAUUACGUUGUCCAUAAGAUAAAUCCUAAGGCUCUAUAAAUAGACUAAUUAUUUGGAAAAUUGGAUAGAAACACUAAGUAAUUUUAUGACGGGGUUAUACCCAUCAUAUUUAGAUAGUAGAUUAAUUAACUCAUAGUAUUUGACGGGCCGGUUGAUACACAAUGGGUAGAGAAUUUGAAUACAGUUUUGGAUGACAAUAAAAAAUUGUGUUUAUCAUCUGGAGAAAUCAUUAGAUUGUUUGAAAGAACAUAGAUCAUUUUCGAGACUUCUGAUUUAUAGUAAGCAUCUCCAGCAACUGUUACUAGAUGUGGAAUGCUAUUUAUGGAGUAAUUGUAAUGGAAAGUAAUUUUGGACAAUUAAAAUUUUAAUGACACUUUUUAAAAGAAAGCAUUAUGGUUGUUUGAUUGUACAUUAGGAUUUUUGUAAGGUAAGUUUUAUGUGCCAUGUACAGAUGCCCAAUUAGUGUAAUAAUCUUUAAAUAUGAUGAGAACUUUCAAUUACAAGAAUGAGGAUCAACAAAUAAAUGUGUUGUUAUUUUGUAUUUUAUGGGUCAUUGGAGGAAUAUGCGAUGAAAAUCAAAGAAAAAGUUUAAAUGUUAUGAUAAUGAAAUUAAUUACAGCUUCGAAUGAUGUAAUUUAAUAAUUCUCAAUUAAAAACAAAUAUUAAUAUGAGCCGCAAGCAUUGCAUUUAAGAUUUAUGGAACCUGUAAAUAAACCUAAUUUGUACGAUUUCUAUUUUGAUGUCAAUAAAAAUUGUUGGCUUUUUUGGAAUGUUGACCCUCAAUAAUCAUAAAUUAAUUAGACAAAAUCCUUCGAUAGUCUUUAUAUUAAAUGCAUUGACACAAUAAAAACUCAAUUUUGGAUUACUUAAAAUCUUUCAUAAAAAAUCAAUUUAAUUUUGAUUGGAUAAACUGGAUCUGGCAAGACAAUUUAAAUUUAAUAGACAAGGCAACUCUUUUAGAACCAUGCUUAAUUAUAAUUGACAUUUAGUGGACAAACUUAGAUCAAUUACAUAUAAUAAUUGAUUGAAAAUAAGGUUAGUUAGAGACGAUGUAAAGGGCAUUAUGGUCCUGAAGAAAAUAAGGCAGUUUGCUCGGUUUUUAUAGAUGAUUUAUCUAUGAAUGAAUAGCCAAAUGAAUUGAUCCGAUAACAUAUUGAUACUAAUGGAUGGUAUGAUAUUGAGACUAAAGAAUUCAAACAUCUAGAAGAUACAAUGUAUAUUUGUGCCACUUAAAAGUAAGUCAACCAAAGAUUUAUGAGACAUUUCAUGUUACUUUAUGUUCCACAGUAUUCUCAUGAAUCAUUAAUAAAAAUAUUUAAUGCUUUAAAUUAAUGGAUAUUGAAUCAAUGGGGUUAAAAACAAUUAGUGAAUAAUGCCAUAAUAAAAAUGAGUAAUAUAAUUGUUAAUAGUACAAUAUAAUUAUUUAAUAUUGUUAAGUAAGAGUAUUUAGCAACACCUUCCAAAUGCCAUUACAUUUUUAAUUUAAGAGAUGUAUGGAAGGUAUUUAAAGGGAUAUAUUUGGGAGAUAUUAGGACAAUAUAGAGAGAUAGAGAUUUGGUUAAUCUAUGGCAGAAUGAAUGUCAGAGAGUAUUCUCAGAUAGGAUGAUUGAGAGUGAAAAAUUCAAUCAAAUUUUAUUAGAUCUUAUCUCAUAAAACAUGAAAAAGAAUUAUGAGUUUAAGCAAUUAUAUUAUACCAACAUAAUCCCUACUACAAUUGAAAACCAGAGUUAUUCAAAGAUUUAUACAUGUGUUGAACAAAAAGUUUUGAGAGAAUAUUUGAAUUCUAAACUAGAUGAAUUUUAAAAGAUUAUUUAGGAAAAUAACAUAGUGUUAUUUGAAUAUGCCAUCAAUCACAUUGUCAGAAUUAUCAGAGGAUUAGAAUUUGGAAAUAUGCUUUUAAUUGGAUUGACUGGUAGUGGCAGAUAAUCCCUGGCGAAUUUGAGUUCGUAUAUAAUGGAUGGUAAAGAGAUGUAUAAUUACACUAAUGAUAAAGAUGAAUUGCAAUCUAUUCUAAGAUAGGCAGGAAUGGAAUUGAGAAAUACAAUAAUUUAUGCUAAUUGCAAUCAAAUCAAUGAUUUUAAUUUAGAACAAAUUUGUAAUCUAAUUAAUUUUGGUGAAAUGCAAAAUCUAUAUACAGCUGAAGACAAAAUGAAAUUGAUUGAAGAUUUAAAUGAAUACCAUAUGAACUAUCCUCAAUUUGUUAAAUAGACCCAUCAAAAUUUGCAUUUUAUUUUAAGUAUCAAUCCAAACGGUGAAUAGUUUAGAAAUCGCAUUCGAUUAUUUCCAACUUUAAUAAAUAACACAACUAUUGAUUGGUUUGCUGAAUGGCCAUAAGAAGCAUUAAUAGAAACCUAAUAAUAAUAUGACAUAGAUGUCUUAAAUGUAUUUAGCAUAAUAAAGAAGGAAAGUCAACAAUAUUGUAAGCAAAUGAAAAACCAGUAACAUUACCUUCAAAUCUAUUAGCCAUACUUCUUGGAAUUCUUGAAGCAAUAUAAAGUCUUAUAUUCUUAAAAAUAGAAAGAAACUGACAAAUUUAUUUAAAGAUAUACACAUGGAGUGGAUAAGAUCUUACAAACUGAAUCAGAUGUUACAUUGAUGAAAGCAACUUUGCAAGAGCUUCAUCCAAAAUUACAUAAAUUGACUCUUGAAAAUUCUCAUUUACUAAUAAAUUUAUAGAAAAAACAAAAAGAGGCAGACCUAAAGAAACAAUAAUGUGAAUAGGAAGAAUAUGAAUGCACUUAAGAAAAAUUGAAAGCUGAUCAAUUAAAACAGGAAUGUCAAGAUGAAUUAGACAAGGUGUUGCCAAUACUAGCAGCAGCUACAUCAGCUUUGGAGAAAAUCACAAAUGAAGAUAUGAUUUAAUUGAAAUCCUUUUAGAAACCACCUUUAGCUGUCUCAUUAGUCAUGGAAGGAAUGUGUUACAUAUUUGAUGAAUAGGUAAAGUGGAAAUAGAAGGAACCUGGUUCUUAAGAAAAGAUCUAAGACUUUUGGGAACAUGCCAAAAAGAAUUUACUUAAUGAUAAAUUGAUUAAGAGAGUCAGAGAUUUCAAGGAGGAAUAAAUAAAAGCCAUCACUCCAGCUAGAAUUCAGAAGAUAAAGGGACUUCAAUUUGAUGAUAAGGUAUUUAAUGCUUCCAAGGCUGCAGGAAAUUUGAGUUUAUGGAUUAAGGCUGUGGUUGAUACAUUCGAAGCCUAUUUGAUUGUUGAUCCCAAAUAAGUUCUAUUAAAAAAUGCUAUUUAAUAAUUGUAAGUAACUGAAUUAGCAUUAAAGGAAAAGAUAGAUGCUUUGAAGGAGAUCUUAAGAUUUUUAAAUUUACUCCAAAACGAUUACAAUCAAGCUAAAUUAGAGAAAGACUAAUUAUAAGAGGAUGUUAAUAAGUGUUAAGUAUAACUGGAGAGAGCCGAGAAAUUAAUCAGUGGAUUGAUACAAGAGAAGGAUAGUUGGAGACAUAAGGCUAAUCAAUACAAAUAAAAUAAACAAUUUUUGCAGGGUGAUUGCAUAUUAUCAAGUGCUAUUAUUACAUUUUUUGGACCAUUUCCUCUUGGACUUAGAGAAUCCAUUUUAGAAUAACUUAAAAUUGAAUUGCAGAAUGUUUCUUUUAGUUAGAAUUUCUCUUUAUUGAACACCCUCUGCAAUCAAAUAAUCGUUGGAUAAUGGAUUAAUUAAAUGAAAUUGCCAAAUGAUCAAUUAUCUAUUGAUAAUGCUAUAAUCAUUUAAAAUUCUACUAAAUGGAUUCUACUAAUUGAUCCUUAAAAUCAAGGAUCUUAAUGGUUAUUGAUGUGGAAUGAAAAAUUAAAUUCUAAAUUCAACUUUGAGAAUUGUAUGCAGAUAGGCCAUCCAGUUUUAUUGCAAGAACCCGAUGAAAGUCAGAUUCCAUUCCCCUGUGGUACAUAUGCAAAAUUAAAUGAUAAGAAGAUCGAAAUGCAUCCUGAUUUUAGGCUGUUCAUUUAGAGCAAGAACCCCUUAUACAGUCCUGAGAUUUGCAUUCACUUGAAAUUUAUUAAUUUUGAAGUAACUCAGGAAGGAUUGGAAGAUUUCUUAUUAAAUUACAUUGUAGGUGUGGAGGAGCCUUAAAAGGAAGAGAUAAGAUAAAAGAACAUCAGAGAUUAUUAUGAAAAUAAAAACAGACAACAACAAACCGAGGAUUCAAUCCUAAAAUUAUUACAUGGAACUCAUGGCAAUAUUUUAGAGGAUGAAACCUUGAUUCUCACUUUAUAGAAAUCAAAAAAUGAGUAAAUAGAAAUAGAGGAUAAAUUAAAAAAAGCAGAAAACGACAAAGAAACCUUUUAAAAGAUCUCAAGUCAAUACAAGACUAUUACAAAGAAGAUUUCUAUUAUUUAUCUUGUUAUUAGAGAUUUAUAGAAAUUGGAAUUUGUGUAUGUUUGGUCCUUAGAAAAAUUCAUUCAACUUUUUGAUUAAUCAAUUAAAGCAUUUAAAUCUGCUUCUCAAAAUCAAUAGGUAGAAAAGAAUAAAUUUCUGUUCCAGCAUUUUACAAAAUUGCUUUACUCUUACAUUUGUUAAUCACUCUUAGAAAAGGAUAAGUUAACAUUUACAACCAUGCUCUUCCUCAAAAUCUUAUUGAUUGAAAACAUUAUUACUCAAGAGGAAAUUAGUUUCUUACUCAAUUAGCAUUCUAAUUACACUCUAAUUUAGAGUUCAACUACAUGUCCUGAAUAUCUAACAUAGUAAUAGUGGAAUUAAUUAAAUGAUUAUGCCUUUUAAUUCAAAAAUGAUAAAAUAGUAUAACAAUUGACAAAUCACUAUUAUGAAUUUUUAAACAACAACUAUGAUUUAGAACUUAAACCAUUUCAUCUACUCAUAAUAACUAAAAUCAUCAAACCAUAUUAAUUCAUAUUUCAACUCCAUUAAACAAUUGAGUAUUAUGUUGGAUCACAUUUUACAAUCAUUCCAUAAUUUAGCAUUGAACCUUUAUCUAUUUAGCCAAAUACUCCAAUUUUAUUUAUAUUGUCUUCUGGAUCUGAUCCUUUAAACUUCAUUUUAAGAGAAGCUGCAUCAGAAAAAAUCAAAUUGCAAUCUUUAUCAUUGGGACAAGGCUAAAACCAAAUAGCUGAGUUAGGUAUAAAAAAAGCAAUAGAAGAAAAUUAAUGGAUUAUUCUAUAGAAUUUACAUUUAGCCAAGAGUUUCAUCAGAUCAAUCGAAUAGAUAUAUGAAAAUGAAUUACAGUAAGUAUAAAGGGACUCAAAAUUCAGAUUAUUUUUAACUACAAGUCCAAUUGAUACAUUUUCGAUUAAGUUAUUGUAAAAAUCAGAAAAAUUCACAUUUGAAUAUCCAAAGGGAUAUAAGAAUAAUUUAUUAAGAAUAUAUUCAUCUAUUGAAGAGAAGAAAUAUAAUGAUAAACCCUUAUAAUUCAAAAAUCAACUAUUUGGUUUGGCAUAGUUUCAUGCUAUUGUUUUGGAAAGAAGAAAGUUUGGAAAUAUAGGAUGGAAUUUCAAUUAUGAUUUUUCUCAAGCUGAUUUGGAAAUAUCACAAAAAUAAUUAUUAGAUUAUGAUACAGAAGGAUUGAAGUAUCUAAUUAGUGAACUUAAUUAUGGAGGCAGAGUGAUCGAUAAUAAUGACAGAUAAUUACUUAAGAUAUUGUUAGAUAAGUAUUUAGUGGGUGAAGAGUCUGAAUAUCCAAUGAUGCUAAAUGACUAUAUGGAAUAGAUAAAUGAGUUAUCCUAUUAAGAUGAUAAUCGACUGUUUGGUUUACACUUAAAUGCUUAAAUAAAUUAGAAGAUUAAUGAGACAAAUGAAUUGAAUGGAAAGCUAUGCAAUAUUAGUAGUGUUUUAAAUAUCAAUGAUUAAGAGGAAUAGCUUAAAUUGCUGAUCUCCUCUAUCUCUUUGAGUGUCCUAUAAUAUGACCAUCUAGAACAUCAAUAUGGUACUCCUUUAAAUACAAUACUGAUAUAGGAGUGUUGUAGAUUCAACAAAUUAAUAAUUCAAAUUAAAAGCGAUUUAGAGUUCAUACUGAAAUCACUUGAUGGAUUAGAAGUCAUGAAUUAAGAAAUGGAACAAAUAUGUUAUCAUCUUCUGUAGGGAGUGAUUCCAACUAGCUGGUUAUCGAAAUCCUAUUUGACAACCAGCAAUCUAAUUAAUUUUGUCUAAAAUUUAUAGGAAAGAAUCAAAUAUUUUUAGAAAUGGAUUGAAAAUGGAAUUCCAGAAUUGAUAAACAUUUCUUAUUUUUUCUAUCCUCAAACAUUUUUGACAGGUGUGAAACAAGAUUAUGCUAGAAAGAACUCUAUUCCUGUAGAUUCAUUGAAUUUCGAAUUCAAAAUUUGUAAUCAUAACUUUGAAGGCUAUCUGAUCGAAGGCCUGCUUUUUGAUUAAUGCCAAUGGGAUGAAGAAUAAUAAAAUAUUGUAGAGCCGCAAAUUAAUGUGUUGUAUUCAUAGGUUCCUCUCAUAUCGAUUAACCUAACCACACAAAUUUAAUAAUAUCAAGAAUAUUUGCAAAUCCCUGUUUAUAGUACGAAGAAAAGAAAUAAGAAGAUAAUGGAUAUCCCAUUGAAAACAAAUGAGUCACCUGAAUUUUGGAUUAUCAGAGGAGUGGCCAUUAUUUGUUCAAACUGA